AUGCUGCCACCACAAUCGAUCGUCACUUCAAAUGGCGUUGGUCUACUCCCGGCUCGUAGUCCCCAUUUCUUCAGUCUUUUGGAAGGUCAUCCGGGUGUUAAUAUUGUCUACAUGGAUGAGGGUUCAGGCCAGGCACACACCAUCCAUUACGUGGAUAUGGGUGCUCCAGAUGCAUCGCAACAUAUGGAUACGUUGGAACAAAUUGUACAAAGUAGCGAAAUGACAUUGGAAGAUGUGAAGAAUGAUCUCGGCGAGGAUGAGACCAAACAGCUGAAUCUUAUUUAA